UUUCAGUGCGACAUGGUUGUUCCAUUCCAGCAUCUUCCUUUUCCAUGCUUGAGGACUCAACUCAACUUCUUCACCAUUUUUUCCAUAGCAAUCAAAAUCCAAACCAAAAGCUUGCAAACCUUCAAUUUCUUCUCCAUCUUCUAUCCAAAAGCACAUUGCAAUCUUCAUCCUUCAUUACUUUUAAGGUGCAUAUGAUAUCAAAUUAAGUUUCAUUGUUGAUGGUGGAAAAGAAAUUGAACCAUCAAAAAGUGGAAGGAAAAAAUUCUUCACCUAGCAACCAACAAUGAAAGGCAUAAGAUGAUUAAGAAUUCAAAAGAAGCAUUGAAGCAAGAGGGUCAUUCAAACUCAAACAAUGAUGAAAAAGAAAAGGCUUCAUCAUCUAACUCCUUAGCAUCACAAUGGUCAAGAUUGAAGGAUCCAAGGAUUGUUAGAGUAUCAAGAGCCUUUGGUGGAAAAGAUAGACAUAGCAAAGUUUGCACAAUAAGAGGAUUAAGAGAUAGAAGAGUAAGGCUUUCAGUUCCAACAGCUAUUCAACUUUAUGAUCUUCAAGAUAGGUUAGGGCUUAAUCAACCUAGUAAAGUUGUUGAUUGGUUGCUUAAUGUAGCUAAGCAUGAAAUUGAUGAACUUCCACCACUUCCAAAUUUUCCAUCUCAUGGAAAUUUCAACUUUGGUUUUCCAUCUAUUAAUAUUGAAGCCAACACCAACACCUCUCAACUUAAUCAACAACUAUUGAAUAUCAAUAGGAAUAUUCCAUGGGAAGGUUCAACUUCAAGCCAAAAUUCUAUGUGGAAAUUGAAGCCUAAAGAAGUUACACAAGAAAUGGUUAUUGAUAAUAAAGCAAAUUAUUGGAUGAAUAGAAUUGAAGAAGAUGAUGAUAAUAAUAACAAGCAUGGAAGCAAUGAAGGUAAUAAUUCUAGUGACCAUGUUUUGUCAAGUAAUAAUAACAAUUUGUUAUUACAAAGAACCAAUCAUCAAGCUUCAUUUCUUGGCUUGUUAAAUACUAUGCCAUCAAUGGGUAAUUACCAAUGGGGAGGUAAUUCCAAUGUUGAUGUUAAUUCUCAAUUGGGAAACCAUAUUGGUUUUACAAACCAAACAAAUGUUAAUGUUGUUACAUCUUUGCCACCAAUGUUGUCUUUAUCAACUGGAAAUUCUCAAAUGAUGCCAUAUUUCCCUUCUCAUCAUCAUGUUAAUGCAAUGGAGAUGGAUAAUCAUCAUCAUCAAAGACAAAUCAACCAUCAUAACUAUCAAAUGUUGAGUUCAAGUUCUCAAAAUCCAUUGAAUAAUUCUCUCAACAAUCCAUCCUUCAAUUUGGCUAUGAUGAUUCCUAAAGAAAAUCCAUCCAAUAAAGAUCAAGAUUUCACUCCUAAGUGAUACAUGUGACACAAAUACAUAAGGUUAUAUGAAUUCUCCUCCUCUUCUCAAAAUAUGCAUGGUAUACAUGAAGAUUGUGAGGAAAGUUAGCUUCUUAUAAUUUAACUAGUUACAAGAUAUAUUGGGAUUUGAAUAAUCAUUACAUUUGGUUUUGUGAGUGCAAUGUUUGAAUAUUUUAUAUAGUUUCUUGCUAUUAAAUUUUAGGUAAACCUUUAGUUUGAGUUUAUUGCUUUCUAGGGGGAAGUGAUUUAGAGCUCUUUUCACUUGAUAAUUAAUAAUUGAUUGUUUCACUUAGAUGAUA